AGCGGUAUACAAGUUGCUGCAAGUACCUACUCACACAAAGUGUUUAGCAAGUUGUAGCUCGCUCCGGCUCAGUAAAAAGCGUCUACUUGACCCUCUUUUUGGAUUUUCAUUUUGCGUUGCAAUACAAACCUUGUUACUUGAUUCUUCUUGUGCCCCAGCACAAACAAGCGGUGACAACCCAAAACACGUGAAAAUGACUUGGAACAGACCAGCGCGCUCACCAGGCCUGCCGGGACGAAAAUUCGCACGCAGGAGUACAACUGAAGGACACAGUUCGACAUUCUCCAAAAUGUCUUUUGUCGCUUCCUCGAUAGGAACAGCAGCUCCUGCGCGGUUCAUUUUCUCUCUACUACUUUCUACUCCGUUUAUUUCAAGCCCACAACAUUUCCUCGUCAGCGGUGCUCGCCCGAACGUCCUGCUUCGCGAUCCUGUCGCCAGAGACCUACAACAUGGGGAGCAUGGACAGAUGCGUCCUGGAGAUGUUGAAGAUUUCCACUCGGACGACGACGUGGCAAAAAUCGAGCAACACGAGGACCAUCGCCGGCGGGACGAUUUUUGGUUACCGAAGGUGAAAGAAGCGGCACCCUACAAGCUGACGCACCCGGACGGCACGACCCGUUUGUUCAGCCCGUCUUUGAUAGUCAAGACGAUUGGGGACAACAAGCUCGCGGAAUUUUCCUACGAGCAGUGGUAUGAGAAUGCACAACUCCCCCUCCUCCUUAUGUUCAGUAUGCCAUAGACAGCAAUAGAAACACCAGCAAACAUCGAUCCUGUGCAUGACAAGUUUACGCACCGAGUGGAGUAUUCUUUGGGCUUGCGAAAUUUGUCAUGCAAACGGUGCCACAAGGCAGCAAACGGAACUUGGCAUUUUUGCAUGACAAACAAGGGGAAGGGGAGGACGUUGUGCAUUCUCAUAAGUGGCAGCAAUUCGACAGCGUGGAGGCAUUGAAGCGGGCCGUUUUGGGGUGGAAGUUUGUUGACCAAGGAGAUCAAAAACCGGCGGGAGAUGUUGAAAACAAGGGUGAGAAAAAGAAUUCUACGACAGGAAGAAGUCAACAUCUUCAAGCUGACGCGGAGGGGGCCCGGGACGUGUCAUCAUCAAGCGACAGCCGGUGGGAACCCUCUGGUAAAGAUACAGCCCUACAACCAGUAUCAACUUCAGCUUCUUCUUCAUCGUCUUCAGCAGCGCCUGCCCGGGAGCAGCCCCACCAGGACCAGGGGCCAACAUCAGUGCGUAAAAAUAAAUCUAAACAAUUGCGAGGAGCACCUCGUCGCUUGUACGAUUCCAAUCCGAAUUUUCUGAAACUGCUCCUACCAAAACCGAAGGAAGAAGACCCAAAUCCGAAAAAACAACAAGCAGUCCCGAAGACGGCAAAAAAGAUGAGCAGUCCUGGAAUCGCAGCUGCUUUGUUUUUGAGAAGCGAACUGAAGGGCAGAGAAACGGACCAGGACCGAAAGUACCUAUCGAGUUGGCUGCAGGCGUCGGAGGCUGUUUUGGAGAAGCGGAACUUCGUUUUGGAGAGUACGUUGCAAUUGGAGGAGGAAGUCAUGAAGCUUGUCGUGAAGAAAGAAUUGGAGUACGAGAAAAUGAAGGCCACGCCAAGGAGGGUAUUCAAUAGACGAGUCGCCAGCAAUGGUGGUGCUUCAACUUCGGAGCCCUCAACAACAACCUCCGCUGGUGGUGUUCAAGAACAGCAACACGAGAGUGGAGCUGCCAACCCCAACCCGUGGUCUGCAACAGAUCAAUCGCCACGACCGUCCUCUUCGGAGGUCCGAGAAGCGCCAGUGCUUGCAAGAAAGAAGGAACGAGAAAAACCGGAGCCUACCUUCAUCUCCCUGACCGCUGUUCGGCUGAUGAAGCCGCCUCUGUAUUUGCUGGUGGAUAAUGACCUUGGAAUGCAAAAUGUGGAAACUGUUUUGGGCGAGACCUUGCUCAAAAAAAUGCUUUCCGCAAUUCAGGAUGACCUUCUUGCGAGCGCAAUAGAAGAUCUCGCGAUGGUAUCACCUUCUUCAAACGGUAGUUUUUUCGGGGAUGCUGGUGCCGCGGCUGAGAAUGGAGCAGAGCAGCAAGACGAGGCGGCACAGGACAGAGCAGCUCUCGCGUUGAUCCUCCGCUUGCGAGAGCAGGAAUUAUGGACUCCGCUGGAACGACAGCGCAACACGCCAGCGACCAUGGGCUACUUGGAAGUACCUGCGGACACUGUGGAGGAUUCUCUAUUGCUGCAUUUGCUGGAACAGAAGCUCGGCUUGGUUUUAAAUGCGGCGGAUUAUGCGGAGCCAAGGGAGCAUGUUUUUUCGGAUGAACAUGUGGGAGGAAGAGCAAACUCAAACGUCCUUGUGUUUUCUCCUCCUCCUCUCGAAAAAUACCCUUUCGGCGAAGGAAAAGCACGAACGAGUGGCGGCGGGGAGGAUGGGAGUGUCAGUCAUUACGGGCCGCCAGCUUCUCCAGGCGGUAGUACUAGUGGAGCACGCGCCGGACUACAACCUGGGGCUCCUGCGCCAGAAGCAGCUGGUACAGCAAAUCACGCAGUUCUUGACACGACUUCCACUCUAUCUCCCGGCGCCGAAAAUCCUAAGGAUGAGGCUUCUGUACCCUCCACCUGGCCUUCCCUUCCUAUUCAGCUUCACGGUUGGGAGACGAAAAUCAUCAAAACGAACGCUUCUUCACAAAGUCAUACGUUCAGAUACUCCAACCCUUCGGACGCGAUCAAUUCUCCGAUCAGUGUCGCGAGUUUUCCGGCUUUGCAACUAGAAUCCAACUGGAUUCAAGUGGUGCAAGACUUCCUCACCGAGCCUGUAAGGUCUCGGAACGGCUAUCAAAUGUAAAAGUGUCUGGGUCUGGAAGAGUCAUGCUGUUUUUGCAUGACACAGAAGGUCUGGCAUGGAAGUUCUAGCAUCACAGGUCUCGAGAAGCUUCCGCAAUGCCGAAUUCGCAUGAGAAAUCCCCGACUUUGGUGACAGAAAGUCAGCAGCUUUUGCUACCUAUGCAUGAGAGAUUUUUCUGUGUUCUAAAAUGCGCAUCACAAGUUCGGAUCCUUCCAGACCCAGACAUUUUUGCAUUUCAUAACGGCCGCGCGCGCUCGAAUCCACGUUAUGUGCGCUUUAUCCUGUGCAAAAGUAUCGUACUCGUACAAAUGCAAGUCUUGCAUUACAAACAUUUUUCUUGAGGUAAAUCGGCAUUACAAAUUUCAUUCCUCAUGCUGAGGAAAUUUGUGAUGCAUUUAUACGAGUACGAUACUUUUGCAGUUCAUACGCUUCUGGGUGGAGGAUGUCCUCGUCGUGGACGAGGAACCAACUGCCACUACUGUUUCAUCCCCCUCCAGAAGCAAGAUUGUCUUCCUUGAGGUUUCUCACCAUUACCAGUACCCCGACCACCACCUCUACUUGGGUACUUACCCGUCUGUCUCCGUCCGGUUUGUGUUCUGGUUUGAACUCGAAAUGAAAUUGAAAAAUCCAUGCAGUGCUUCUAUUAUAACGUCGACGGCAGCUUCUUCCGUUUUACACAACAACUCCACCAGCACGAUGCUCGAUAUGCAUUGCAAAAGUAUCGUACUAGUAUAAAUCGCAAUACAAAUUGGCUCAGCAUUAGAAAUGGAAUUUGUAAUGCUGUUUUACCUUGGGAAGAAGAUUUGUCAUGCAUAUUUGCAAUUACUACGAGGACGAUACUUUUGCACAGGAUAUUCGAGCGCGAACUCCAAAAACGUGUUCGGGAAGCGAAAUUGCAGCUGUCCAGCCUGUAUCAAAUGCAAAAAUGUCUGGGUCUGGAAGAAUGCAACGUUUGUCAUGCACGUUUUGCAUGACGCAUGAGGUCUGUGAUGCAUGCCCUGGCAUCACAGAUUCUUUGGGAUCUUUGCCAUGCCUUUUCCGCAUGAGAAACUGCCCCUCGGCUUGCUCAAAAGUGGGCAGCUUUGUUGGUAAUCAUGCAACACAAAUUUUUGCAUGAUUCCGAAUUAGCAUGACAAGUUGCACUCUUCCAGACCCAGACAUAUUUGCAAUGCAUAGCCUGGAAGUCACCUUCAGUCAGGAUUUCCAGCCUCACCCUAUCCAGGAGGCGUCGAACGCGGUGAAAGUAGAAUUCAAAGUGCCAGAAGGGUUCGGACCUCCGGAGACGGUAGCAGCUGUGCACAGCGAUGCAGGAGCUUCGCGGACGUGAGGAAGCUGCGCGGGACCUCAAGUUCAAACGGCAUUCGAUAGUAUUUCGUUUUUGUCGUCUCCCCACACCACCGCCUGGAUAGCCCAGCGGAGGACUAGCAGGCUCUGAUGAUGAUGUGAUGUAGUAUCACUGAAGUGUAGUGUGGGUGAAAGGAAUAGUACUUCCAGCACGAAAUCGUCAAAGAUUGACAGUUUUGAUAAUCUUGAUCUUUUGGCCUAACUUCUUCCUCCUUCGUCGAUGAUGAUCGUGACGGGAAAGAACACUGCAGGAGAAGAAAAGCUGGAUGAUAUGUAACUAUCAUCAGGGAGGCUCGAGCUCGAGGACCCUCGUAGCUCCCACGGCCGCCAGCAGACUGUUUGUCCUUAUGAUACCACAACCACGGUGAGGAUGACCGUCGUGAUUUUGAU